AUGGGGAAAGGCGCGAAGGUCUGGAAAAGCGAGGACUUUGCUAUUAACAACGUAAAGCCAGCAAGUACGAUGCCAACGGACGAUCGCAACGCUGACGUCAGUUUAUUGAUCUACCACGAGGAAAAUCAAACGACAUCAAGUGUAAGUCGAAUUGACAACUUUUCACAGGUGCCACAGCGUCCACGAGGAUUGAGUGCAUCAAUUGUGUCAAUCAAAACAGUGAGUGAAUCUCCGACAGAUCGUCGUAUUCAUUUACUUGGUCGUCAGAAUUCUAUGCCUGUUAUGUCGAUCAAGUCUCAACGUCGACGAAAAGUUACGUUUAAAAAUAUUGAUAUUGUGCCUCCACCAAAAGUCGUAAGUUACGACGAACUUGUAUUUAAUGUCGCUGGACUCUUUCAUACUAUGUCAUUCCUUCACGACCGUGAAGAUUGGGGUGAUGAUCCUGCUGAUUGUGGAUUAAAAGCUGCAUUUUACGAACCUGAGCCAUUGCUUGAACGAUCAGUACCAUUAAUGAUUGCUGAAUUUCUUUAUCGGUCCGCAAUUUAUUUGGGUUAUCCACAAGGUGAUACUCCAUGGCUUCCAGGUUUUCGAGAAGAAAAAAAGUUUUCAGGAAAUGACGUAAAACGAUGGCGACGACUAGCUCACUUUGAUUGGGAAGCUGAAGAACGGGAGUUUUCAAAGAAUCAUCGAAAAGCGCCACCACUUACGUCGUUACAAGCACGAACUGAUCGUUCGGAAUCGAUUGAAUCAAAUGGUAAUACAUCCGUCAUGUCGACAAUUGGGACGAGUUUUCGUAUACGUUCUGAUGAAAGUGUCGAUUCUGUAUCAUCAAAGUCGAGACAACAAAGUCCAGAGUAUCAGAAGAGUGGAAAAAGUAAAUUACACAUUCCAAAUUGGUUCCGAAAACAUCGACGUCCACAGUGCGAAGAAAGCGACGACUUGAGUGACUCAAGUGAAAGUGGUAAACGCAAACCAGUGUCGUGGCUUAAUCCACCGCCAAUUCCGUUGUCAAGAGAUUUGAAGCUUCUUGUUGAUAUUGUCAACUCUUGCGUAUAUUGUGGACAAUAUCAAUUUCGAAAACGUGAUAUUGUACGACUUUGUAAUGUCAAAAUCUAG